CGCUAAGCCAAUCUGAUUCCGUUUCACGAUAAGCGAGGGAAGCGCAGCCAAUCAGAGCUCGCGGCGGAAAAGGCGCCAGGCCGAUGUUGGUCGGAGGCGCGAGGGCAUGAGUCCCUGUGAGGGCGGCAGCGGCCAUGGCGGCGGCUGGGCUGAGAGGGCGCGGUGGGAGAGUCCCGGCCGUCGUCGCGCUGAGGCUGGCCCUGCUCCUCGGAGCCGCGCUGGGCUCUGCCCGGGCCAGGGUGUAUUUCCAGGAGCAGUUUCUGGACGGAGUCAACUGGCAGAAGAGGUGGAUUAAUUCUGAGUACAAGGCAGACCUUGGGAGGUUUAAGCUCACUGCAGGGAAGUUUUACGGACAUCCGGUGCGAGAUAAAGGUCUACAAACUAGUGAAAACUCUAAAUUUUACGCUAUCUCCUCACGAUUUAAACCAUUUAGUAACAAAGGGAGGACUCUGGUUAUUCAGUAUACUGUGAAACAUGAGCAGAAGAUAGAUUGUGGUGGGGGAUACGUUAAGAUUUUUUCCUCAGACUUGGACCAGAAGAACCUAAGGGGAGAUUCACAUUAUUACAUCAUGUUUGGGCCAGAUAUUUGUGGAUCCGACACAAAGAAAGUCCAUGUUAUUUUAAAUUACAAGAAUAAACCCCAUCCAAUCAAGAAACCAAUCAGAUGCAAGGUUGACGGAUAUACACAUUUAUAUACUUUGAUUAUAAGGCCAGAUCAGACUUAUGAAGUAAAAAUUGAUAACGAAGUGGUUGCAUCUGGCAACUUAGAAGAUGAUUUAGAUUUUUUGCCACCAAGGAAAAUUAAUGAUCCAACAGUGAGGAAACCCACUGACUGGGAUGAUCGAAUCCAAAUUGAUGACCCAAAUGACAUUAAACCCAAGGAUUGGGAUGAACCUGAAUACAUUAUGGACACUAGUGCUGAGAAACCUGAAGGCUGGGAUGAUGCUGCAAAUGGAGAAUGGCAUUAUCCUAUGGUCAAGAAUCCUCUAUACAGAGGGGAAUGGAAACCAAGGCAGAUUGAUAACCCAAAUUAUAGAGGAGUUUGGCCUCAUCCACAGAUUGACAAUCCAAAUUACUCACCAGACUCCAGCAUCUAUAGCUAUGAAAAUAUUAGCAUCAUUGGACUAGAUAUCUGGCAGGUGAGAGCUGGCACAAUUUUUGACAACUUCUUGAUAACAGAUGAUGAGGUUUAUGCAGAAGACUUUGGAGAUGAAACAUGGGGAGAAACGAAGGGUCCUGAAAAGGAAAUGAACAUAAAGCAGACUGAGGAAGAGCAGGAGAGAGAAAGGGUUACAGAAGAAAAAUACUUUGAGCAACGGUUUAAGAAAAAGCUAGAGAGAAAAAAAGAAUCUGGAAAGGUUAGAGCAGUGAGGAACACUAUUGAGAAGGAAGAGCUUUAAUUGUUAUUUGAAAGAAGUUCACUUUUUUUUUUAACUUAAGUCUCUCUAUAGAGAUUUUGGUUGCUAACAGCUUGUUGGAAUCUGCAGUGAUACAGUUGUAUUAAAACAGGAUUUUUUAAAAAAUUCAAUGUUAAAUUUUGUAACCAGUUUCGGUUAUUUUUAAUAAAAAUACCAUAACAUAGUUAAAUUCUCUAUAGAAAUGUUGGUUUUUUAUUAACUGUAUCUUAGCCCUCCUAAAAUAUAUUAAAAACACCUGUAAUAAAGUACUAGGUUUUGAAAGUGUUCUAUACUUUCAUGGUUUAAUAUUAAAUGUAAAAUUCAUGCUCAUUUUUGUUGAGGAAAUAUCAUAAUAAUCUUUUUAUAUUUCAUUAAAGGGUUGAGCACGUCAAAUGCGUGAAGCAUGUUUCACAACAUACUCCAAACUAAGGAGGAGAUAAGCUUUGCUAAGCUUCUGUAGUAAUUGUGCACCUGUCAGAGUUUCAGGGAUUACUGCAGCUGCAUAGCUACCGCAAACACACCGUGGCUGCUCUCGGCUGUUCUGCCAUUGCUUAUCUGCUGAUGGAACGUUCUAGCUCUCUGUCUCAGUGUGGGACCUGAGUGACUAUAGACAGACAGUCUGUCCACAAAUCUGUCCUUAGAAGUUUAAAUGUAUUCAGACAAUUUUUUCCCCUUCAAAAAUCUGAAAUGAACACAUAACAGUGCUUGGAAGCUGUCUUAAAAUAUACUUUUUUUUUUUUUUUUUCUCGUGGGGGGGGUGGAAUUUGAAACUGAAAGAUGUGUCUAUUUUUGUCUGACCAGUCUUGUAACUCACUCAUGUAACUUGUUCAGUCACUUCCUUCAUUGCUUCUCAGGUCCUUCUGCUCUUCUGCAUUUCCUUCCCCCCCUGCCCCCCCCAAACUAAUGCUAUAAAUUUAGCAAAAACUGAAGCCAGACCUCCAGAGCCAAUGGUUUUGCAUUUACC